AUGCGUUAUUCAUGGUCCCUUGCGGCUGUUGCCUUUGCAACUGCUGCCUCCGCUACUUCUUUAAGCAGCAUUUGCACGGACGCGUAUGCGAAGAAGGCAUUGCCUAUUGGUGCCAUUAAUGGUAUUACCAUUGACUCGUCUUCGGUUUCGACGAGCAUUGUCACCAACUAUACCGCUUCUUCUAUCUUUUUCCCUACUGAUACCUUCAACUACUGCAAUUUGACCUUUGCAUACUCGCACGACGGCAUUGAUGGCGAUGUAGUUCAUGUGCAGUACUGGUUGCCUGAGCCAUCAAAGUUCAAGAAUCGUUAUGUUUCUACCGGUGGUGGUGGUUGGGCUAUCAACUCGGGUAGCAUGUCGAUUCCCACCGGUCUGGUUGCUGGAGGUGUUGGUGGCUUGACUGAUGGUGGAUUCGGAAACUUCGAUACUCAAUUCAGCUCGGCUGCUCUGCUGGCGAAUGGAACUGUCAACUGGCAGGCAACUUACAUGUUUGGCUACCAAGCUCAUAAUGAGCUGGCCAUCUUUGGCAAGGAGCUAACCCGCAACAUCUACAAUGUCGCUUCUAACAAGAAAAUCUACUCCUACUACCAGGGAUGCUCUGAGGGAGGUCGCGAAGGUUGGAGUCAGGUCCAGCGAUUCCCAGAUCAGUUCGACGGUGUCGUCGCAGGAGCCCCGGCUUUCCGCUGGGCACAGCAGCAAACUAACCACCUGAGCGGUAACGUCAUGCAGAAGACCCUUGGCGUAUACCCCUCGAACUGCGAGCUCGAGAAGAUCAUGAACAUGACAAUUGAGAGCUGUGAUCCUCUUGACGGCAAGACAGAUGGCGUCGUUGCUCGCUCUGAUCUCUGCUUGGACCACCUGAACUGGAAGAAGAUCGAAGGAGCAUCCUACUCCUGUGCCGCUUCUUCUAGCUACGGAUCCACUACGCCCGCUGCUUCGGGCACCGUCUCGGCCAAGGCUAUCGAGCUCGUCAAGACCUACUGGAAGGGUCUCUACGACUCGGAUGGCAAGCGGGUGUACUUCAGCUACCAGCCUGGUGCCACCUUCACCGAUCUCGAGACCCAGUACGACUCUGAGACAAAGAGCUAUGAGCUGGAUAUCAGCGGUCUGGGCGGUAUUUGGAUCGCACAGUUCAUCGACUUCAUCAAGGAUGCCGAGAACAUCGAUAGCCUGGAGGGUGUUACCUACGACACUCUCAAGGAAUGGAUGAUCUACUCUCAGAAGAAAUACGGCGAUAUCCUUCAAACCACCUACCCCGAUCUAACAGAUUUCCAAGCUGCCGGCGGAAAGGUCAUCCACGUCCACGGUGAACAGGACUACUCCAUCCCCACCGCCUCGUCAGUCCGCUACUGGGACUCUGUUCGUUCCGUCAUGUUCCCCGAGAAGGGCUACCGUGAGGGCGCUACCGCUCUGGAUGAUUUCUACCGCCUCUUCCUUAUUCCUGGUGUCGGUCACUGCGCGACGAAUGACUACGAGCCUAAUGCCCCGUGGCCGCAGUAUACUUUGCAGAGUGUUAUUGAGUGGGUUGAGGAGGGCAAGGCGCCUGCCACCCUGGCUGGCUCGGUCGAUAUUGACGCCACUAUGUGCCGCUGGCCCAUGCGUCCUUUGUGGACUGAUAAUGCUAAGAAGUUCCAGUGUGUUUAUGAUCAGGAUUCGGUGUAUGCCUUCACUUAUGAUCUUAAUGCGUACAAACUUCCUGUUUACUAA